UUUCCAGAUUUCCAUGAGGCAGAGGCCGUGAAUAAAGGCCAACAUGGAUAGGUUUACCCAGAGUGAGCCAAACAUUGUAUCAGGUUCCUCCUCAGAUCCAUUUUCUGCCCUGCCUCCAGAAUUAUUUGAAAUGAUCCUUUGUCGACUCCCCAUAACUGACCUCUGUCUACAUCUGCCUCUUGUCAGUUCCUACUGGCACUCUGUCAUCGCCAGUGAUGCAUUCAUUCCUUGGAAGAAAUUGUAUUACAAAUACAAACUGGGGACUUGUCCUGAGGCUAAGAAGAAAGUACAAACUCUGGCAUCAUCCCUUGGGAUGACUUCUGUCGAACAUUGUCUUCUUGCAGUACUCAGGUUUGCUCUUCAGUACAAAGGACAUCAUCAUCAAGAUGUUGUGAUAUGGCUCAAGUCAUGGUCAAAGAUAAGGCUAUGUGUGAGACUAUUGGAAGAAAGCAUACCAGAAGGUGCUUCAUCUAUAUGGACUGUCUUGGUGGCCCUCAGCAUUCUCAGUAAUGAAGUGGAUGACAUCAUCUACAUUUUCCAUCUCAUAUCUCAUUCUCCUGGAAAUCGCAUCACAGCUUAUGAUCUCAUAGAUUUCUUCUAUUCCCUGGCUUUACUCUUUCAACAUGCACAAUACACAUUUGAUGUUAAUCAUGGGUUUCAUGGAUUAGACUCCCCCUCGAUGCAGAUAGCCAUCGAGGAUCGUGCAUGGCCUCCCCCGUACGCCUCUCUCCCUCGUUCCUCCGAGGAGAACGCGGUCGUGCCGGAACGCGGCCGUGUGGGAACGCGGGAUACGUCACGACGUGAUCGCUGUCUUGAGCCUGGUUCACCUGGUCUCACCUCAGCCGAGCGCAGCCCGGUGCGGGGGAGGAGGGAGGGAGGGAGGAGGGACGAGGGAGGGGGGAGGAAGGGAGGGACGAGGGACGAACGAGAAUUCGAUGUGCGUUUUCGCUCUGUGCAUGAAAGAACAAAAGAGUCUUGA